ACUUGUCCUAUCACCUCCACGUAUUCGCACCUGCAUCAUGGAGUCACGAAACAUGGACCAUCGUAGAGCCAAUUUCAAGAACAAGGGCGGCUUCAAGCAGGACGAUCUUCGUCGCCGUCGAGAGGAGCAGCAGGUUGAGAUUAGACGUCAAAAGAGAGAGGAGAACAUCACGAAAAGGCGAAACUUCCUCCCUUCUGCUGCACCAGAUUCCGACGACGAAGUAGGUUCCAGCAAUUGGGAAGCUCCCCUGGCAGAAGAGCUUGUUGCUGGUGUGUUUUCGGAUGACCCUGAUCGCCAACUUGAUGCUACGACGAAAUUCCGCAAGCUCCUUUCAAAGGAGAAAAACCCACCAAUCGAAAAGGUCAUUGAAUGCAAUGUCGUGCCGCGAUUUGUUGAGUUCCUCCGCGGUAAUCACUCUAUGCUUCAGUUCGAAGCUGCAUGGGCCUUGACGAACAUCGCGUCUGGUACUGCGGAUCAUACGCAGGUCGUCAUCAAGGCUGGCGCAGUCCCAGAAUUCAUAAAUUUAUUGUCUUCUCCGGUUUUAGACGUUCGGGAACAAGCUGUUUGGGCAUUGGGCAACAUUGCGGGUGACAGCCCUCAGUGUAGGGACUAUGUACUCCAACAGGGGGCGCUUCGGCCUCUCCUCGCCCUUCUGAGUGAAAAUCACAAAAUCAGUAUGCUGCGGAACGCGACAUGGACCCUAAGCAACUUCUGCAGGGGUAAGAAUCCUCAACCCGAAUGGGAACUGAUCUCACCCGCCCUCACGGUUCUCACGAAGCUAAUCUACUCACUGGAUGAUGAGGUGCUAAUUGAUGCCUGUUGGGCUAUUUCAUACUUGUCGGAUGGGUCAAACGAUAAGAUCCAAGCUGUGAUUGAAUCAGGUGUCUGCCGGAGGCUCGUCGAUCUUCUCAUGCACAGCUCGACAUCUGUGCAGACCCCCGCCUUGCGUUCUGUCGGGAAUAUCGUAACUGGUGAUGACUUGCAGACUCAGGUGGUAAUUGCCUCAGGUGCACUUCCGGCCUUGUUGUCGCUUCUUUCCUCUCCGAAAGACGGCAUCCGUAAAGAAGCAUGCUGGACUAUCUCGAACAUCACAGCUGGUUCUCCACACCAGAUCCAAGCGGUUAUUGAUGCCAAUAUUGUUCCGCCCCUCAUUAAUAUUCUUCAGAAUGCUGACUUCAAAACGAGGAAGGAAGCAUGCUGGGCUAUCUCGAAUGCGACUUCAGGCGGUCUUCAAGAACCCUCGCAAAUUCGUUAUCUCGUCAGUCAGGGAUGCAUAAAGCCGCUUUGCGACCUGCUACAGACAAUGGACAACAAGAUUAUACAGGUCGCGCUGGACGGGCUGGAUAAUAUUCUGAAGGUUGGAGAGAUGGACAAACAGGCGGCUGGUCCUGGUGCGACGAGCCAAUAUGCGCGUUACGUGGAAGAGUGUGGCGGCAUGCAUAUGAUUCAUAACCUUCAACAGCAUGAUAAUCUGGAAAUCUAUAAGAAGGCAUUCAAUAUAAUGGACAAAUACUUUGCAGAUGAAGAGGAGGAUACAAAUAUUGCAGCCCCCGCUGUUGAUGCCUCGGGUCAGUUUGCUUUUCAUUCAGAUGUUUCUGCGCCUCAAGGAGGGUUCAGCUUUGGUCAGUAGAGUUUUGCAAGUGAUAUAUUAGGGGGGUAGUAGUGUACGAUGCAGGAGAUGUCUGUCUGCCAGUGUGUCAUAGUAACAAGGCGGUCGACUGCUUGGAUGAACAUGGCAGUACCAUGUCUAACUUUUUUUACAUUUGAACCUUUGUUUUACAUAUUUUUUUGUUGAUCCCGUCCGUACUCGGUCGGACAUCAAGAUUCAAUGCAAGUACG